CUUCAGUAGUGUCAAACGUAUUACAUAUGCACAUUAUAUAAUUUAGCUGGUGUCAAAUUAACGAGUGUUUUACGAUUUGCAGAGAAUAUUUUAUUGUUUUGGGAAUGAAAAUUGCAGUUCUAGGCGGAACGGGGCGUUCUGGUACACUAGUUGUAAAUGAGGCGUUAGAAAGAGGCCAUGACGUGACAGCAAUUGUUCGUAACCCAGAUAAACUUAAGGAAAAGCAUUAUAGAUUGAAGAUUGUGAAGGCAAAUAUUUUUGACCCGGACUCACUGGAGCCGCACUUCCAAGGUCAAGAUGCUGUGCUAUCGUGUCUAGGCUGUGGUUCAAGUUUGUUCAAUCUUCGGAACAUAACCUUCCAUACUGACUGUGCAAAAUCUAUCGUGGUAGCGCUCAGGAAGGCCAACGUUAAACGAUAUAUUUUUAUGUCUUCUUGGUAUACAAAAUAUGACAGCACGGACCCUUUUAUUAUAAACUGGGUCGUUAAACCAUUAUUUCUCCGUAAGCUUCUUAACAACAUGGGGGAAAUGGAAGACUUUAUGGAAGAAGAAUGCCCGGAUAUUGAUUAUACGUCCGUCCGUCCGCCUGAACUCACAAAUAAAGAAACUACAGGUGCCGCAGUGUUAUUUCAUGAAGGACGGUACGUGCCGUCUGAGAAGCCCUACGGCUGCUGCAGACGUGACGCAGCAAGGUUUAUGAUCGACACUGCUGAAAGUGGUAACUUUAAACGGAAAUGUAUAGCCAUAACAUCGGGAUAACAAGAUUGGAACUAAUGAUACAAACUUAAAAGGAGAAUUGAAGACUAGGUUAUAAGAAUAUAUAUAACUAUUUAUUGCUACAGAAAGUUAAAAAAAAAAUAUCUUAUUGCACUAAAAAGGAAAAGUUAUAACAAAUGUUAGAUAAAUCUGUGGUAAAAGACAGCUCCCGACAAACCGUUUAUUUGGAUUUUCAGUCUUCUGUCGAGUUGAUGUCGGACAUGUAGCUUCGUUUUAAUUAUAGAUGAGAAGCAAGUUUUCAAAUUAGAUUUUCCCGGAUUCAAAUUCAAAUUGAUGUAAACUUUAAUAUUGUAUUGUAUA